AUAUCCAAAUUUUUUAUUUAAUUUCAGAUGUGUUCCCGCAACAUUAAGAUCUCGGUGGUGCUGUUUCUUGUCUUGAUUCCACUUAUCACAGCCUUGCCACACAACAAUCACAAUUUGUCAAAACGAAGCAAUUUCUUCGAUUUAGAGUGCAAAGGUAUUUUCAACAAAACAAUGUUCUUUCGCUUGGAUCGCAUUUGUGAAGACUGCUAUCAACUCUUCCGCGAAACGAGUAUACACCGACUAUGCAAGUAAGUUGUCGCUGCAAGUGUUAGUUUGUACAUAUGUAUGUAAUUGUCUCAUAAUAUAACACGGUGGUAAACCAUGAAGGUAAA